GCUCAGUCCAAUUGCAGCAGUGAAGGAGAAUAUGGGCUGGACCGUUACUAGGUGGGGUUUACCCUGGGUAUAAAUAUUCUGUGUGUUCCACUACAACGCCCCUGGAAACUCAGUGAGACAAACUUCUCCUUCUAAAGUCACACGACAGACUCCAGCAGUCCCACCAUGUCUUUCAUUCAAGCACUCAUGCAACAAAGCAUCUAUCUGGGCAUGCCCGAUGACUCAGUCCUGAAGAAGGAGGGAACAGUCACUGCAGCCCCCAAUUUCAGCCCCAGUGGAGAUGCAGCAGUCUUGGACAAAGCCAUCAAGGCAAAAGGGGUGGAUGAGAACACCAUCAUUGAAAUUCUGGUGAAAAGGAGCAACGAGCAGAGACAGCAAAUUAAAGAAGCUUACCAGCAGGCCAGUGGCAAGCCUCUGGAAUCAGCACUGAAGAACGCUUUGAAGGGAGAUCUGGAAGAUGUGGUGUUGGCGCUGCUGAAAACACCGGCCCAGUAUGACGCUCAACAGCUGAAACAAGCCAUGAAGGGUCUUGGUACAGAUGAGGACACACUCAUUGAGAUUUUAGCUUCUCGGACCAACAGAGAGCUUGAGGAGGUAAAGAAAGCCUACAAGGCAGAAUACAAGAAGGAGCUGGAGGAUGACAUCAAGUCAGACACAAGUGGAGACUUCAAGAAGGCCCUCAUUGAGCUAUGCAAGGCCAGCAGGACUGAAGGGGUUUCUGAGCCACUGAUUGACAGUGAUGCCAGGGCUCUGUAUGAGGCAGGAGAAGGAAGGAAGGGCAAAGACUGCUCUGUUUUCAUAGAAAUCCUCACCACCAGGAGUGCCGCCCAUCUCCGUAAAGUUUUCGAGAGGUACUCUAAGUACAGCAAAGUGGACGUGGCCCAAGCUAUUGACCUCGAGAUGAAGGGAGAUAUUGAAAGUUGUCUCACAGCAGUAGUGAAGUGCGCUGGAAGCAGGCCAGCAUUCUUUGCUGAGAAGCUCUACUUGGCCAUGAAGGGCAAAGGGACACGCAAAAACAUCCUCACCCGUAUCAUGGUGAGCCGGUCUGAAAUUGACAUGAUACGGAUAAAAGAAGAAUACAAGAAGAACUACGGCAAAACACUCUACCAGGACAUUCUGGAUGAUACCAAAGGAGACUAUGAGAAGAUCCUUCUGGCUCUUUGUGGAGAAAACUAAUCAACAGGGCCAUGUCUCAUGUCCUGUUGUGGAAGAUGACAAAUAAUCCCUUGACACAUAUUGUGCCCUCUUGUGGAGAACUGGCAGAAUUAACCAUCUUCUUGCUUUGUGACUGUCAACCAUUAUUGAACAUAUUUAGGCUUACAGUAAUGAGCAAGGGAUUAACAUUGAAUUGGCACAGCUUCAGCACUUUCCCAAAACUUGCCCACCUCUUUCAUCCCAGCAGAGAUCUGCAAACUGCACUGUUCUGAGAUCUGUGCAUUUUAAUAGACUCUGCUCACAUGUGCUAGGUUUCUUUGCUUGGAGUUGGAUUCAGUGAACACAAAAUGCAGCUGCUGACAGAUGUAUACAUUCCCAUGUGCCAAAUGUAUUCAGCACCACUGAAGGAGUUUAGACAAUCUGCAAAUGAAUAAAUAAAAAGUGCUUUUUGUAUGAAGGCCAAU